AUGCCAAUCUCGUUUUCCUCUCCCUUUAGGUCCUCAGCCAAACGUAGCGUUAUCUCAAGAGCCAACGUCGUACAAUCUGUCACUAUCGAAGACCGUGGAGACAUUUCUCCGUUGGAGAAAGAGCAAGACGUUCAUCCAUCCACCAAGCUACACAGAGCUGCUGCAAUAGCUGCAGAGAUCGGCUGGCAAGGAACGAAGGAAUUGUUGUACCUGCUGAGGGAUUCGACGGAUGUCUUUCCGCCGCUGAAGUCAUGCAUCGGAGGAUUGGUGGCGCUCGUCGAGAUAUGCGAGCGGGCGCAAGGUGUCUCGAAAGGAAUGCUGGAUGUGACCGGGCGACUCGACCGUGUAAUGGGCCUUCUCGCGAAGCGUUUGGCACAAGAUAACGCAUCGCUCAUAUCGAGCGCGAUCGACGACCAGAUGCAUGUACUCUCUGGAGCGCUCGUCAAGUUGGAGACCAUGAAAUGGCAGGGAGCAUUCGCUCGUGUCAUACAAAGCAGAUCUCUUCAAGGGGAAGUUGAGAGCAUAUGCCGCACUGUCGUUGACGCGAUACAGGAGAUACAACUCUCGAUUGGUUUGCUCGUUGAGAGAAACACAGGGGCGAUUCUUCAGGAAAUGGUCUUUCAGAGUCUCGGUCGCGCAAAAUCGGCGGCAUACACCGCCGCGACGGCUCCCUACGGGAUACAAAGGAGAAGCUGCACGCCGGGUACGCGUGUAAUGGACCUUGACCACAUCAUGAAGUGGGCAGUACGCACCCGAUACGAACGCACCCAACCAGUCUUCUGGUUGAAUGGGCUAGCUGGGCAGGGGAAAACCACCAUCGCGUACACUAUCUGUGAGCGUCUGGAACGGAAACGGGAGGACAUAUCAAUGGUCUCGCUCUUUUGCGCACGCCAGUUGGAUAGCCAUGAGGAGAAGCUUCUAGUGUCUACCCUUGCCUUUGAACUCGCCGAAUGCUCCGCGUCGUAUGCGUCCGAGCUCCGCCGUGCACUACAACAAGAACACAAUCUCGGAGACCAGAUAUUGAGCGUGCAGAUGUCGAAGUUGCUCAUCGGGCCAUGGAAGCGAAGUGCGCACGCCCGAGCGGAGUUUCAACCGACGAUUCUGGUGAUCGACGCGAUCGACGAGAAUGAUGCAGGGUUGGAGUUCGUCUAUUCGCUUCUAUCCGCCAUGCACGCAGGGCAGCUCCCGGGUCUUCGCGCGUUCUUCACCAGUCGCCCCGGCCCAGAUCUCAAAUCGGCGUUCGAGGGCUUGGGAGAGAAGAUGGUGUCUAUACAGACGAUGAACUCUGCUUUGGCCUUCAUGUGGCGCGACUCUCUGGAUAUACGGCUCUACUUGCAGGAAGAGCUCCAUACAAAGCUGGACGACGCUACCAUUGGCGAUGUUACGCGCGCGUCCGCCGGCCUCUUUCUAUACGCUUCCACGGUAGCGCGACUAGUCAAGUCGAAGGGCAAGCAAAGAACUCGGCGCGAGCAGGAGACGAGAGUUCGUCGGCUCAUCGAGGGCGCAACGGCGUCUCAAUCGAAAGACUCUUUCAUUGCCGAAGUCGAUGUGACUAUCCUCGAUAGUCUUUAUGGCGGUAUUCUGCAGGAUAUGCUUGAUGAUUUAGACGAUGAAGAGGUUUCCGCGAGACUGCAUGUUCUCAUGACGGUUGUCUGCACCUCCCAGAUACUGGAUGUGCCCCUCUUAGCUGCGUUGGCGGGAGUGGAAGAGGACCUUGUGAACGCGAUGGUUGAGGGCCUGCACGCCGUCCUAUACCUUGACGACGAUAAGCACGUGUUCUGGUGUCACAACACCUUUCAGGACUAUAUCCUCGGGACGUAUAAGGAGUUCAUUCCCCUCACUCGGGCGCGCGUCGUCCAACAUUGUCACGAGCUUCUGCGGACUUCGGCCGUCAGUACGACCGCCGAGAGCAGUAUAGCUUCUGGCAGACUCGCGUUCAGCUCAUGGAGAACGAGCGCGUCAUCCGCGCUACGCUGUCGCAAAUGGAGAGUCGUAUAUCGGACCCAUCCAGCCAAUAAGCUGUAUAUCAUCACUUGGGAUCCGCAACGAACAGGCAGACCAUUCUGGAGCGUUUGGGAAGGGCUUGGAGCAUGA